AUGGGUCGAAAUCGAGUUCUCUCUUUCAUGUCCCAGUUCUCUGCUGGCGCAAAGACUCCAUCACCAUCAUCGUCGCCGCCCAACGAGCUCUCUGUGAACCUCAAGAAGAAGCAGCAUCACGUCUCCGACCCGUUUCCUCAACUGGAUAACAACAUCAUCGCUGUGCGCCGACCUACAACACCGCCAUCACGGCCGGACUAUGGCACUCCGCUAGACGGCUCUCCAAACAGCAGUAGCACUCCUCCCCAACAGCGUCAGCGCAGUUCAUCCAGACCUCUGUCCAUGGUUCAGACCUACCAACCGCCCCUCAUGGAUAUAAACGAAGAUACUAUUCCCGAGCUGCAACCUAUUUUCACUCUGCUCAAUAGCCACUCCAACAAACUCUACCAAGAGGGCUACUUUCUCAAACUAGAUGACCAGAACACACAAGGCAAACCAAAUGCGGACAGAACAUGGACCGAGUGCUUUGCCCAGCUUGUUGGCACAGUCUUGUCGUUGUGGGAUGCGGCCGAACUCGAUGCCGCCGGCGAGGAUGGCGAGGUUCUGCCAAAGUUUAUCAACCUUACAGAUGCUUCAAUCAAGAUGAUUGAAUCGCUACCUACUCGCUCCAACGACGAGCAACCUUUACAGAAUAUUUUGAGCAUAUCUACUGCUGGCAGGAACCGAUAUCUUCUCCACUUCAAUUCACACCACUCUCUGAUUCAAUGGACAGCUGGAAUUCGUCUCGCCAUGUUCGAGCACUCGACACUGCAGGAAGCUUACACCGGCGCCUUAAUUGCAGGCAAGGGCAAAUCAUUAAACAACAUCAACGUCAUCAUGGAGAGAUCACGCAUGAAGUCGGAACAAUGGGUCAGAGUCCGUUUCGGUGCCGGCGUGCCGUGGCGCCGUUGCUGGUGUGUGAUUUCGCCUCCGGAUGAGAAGGAGUUUCAGAAGCAGCAAAAGGAACUCAAGAAGAGAUCGCCUUAUGACCGGUCUCACAUCCCUACUCUGAAGGGUGACAUCAAAUUUUAUGAUACCAGGAAGGAUGGCAAGAAGCAGAAGAAGGCUCAGCCAAUCGCCACUAUUACCGACGCAUUCUCAGCCUAUGCCAUUUAUCCCCAGGCAAAGUCUCUGAUUGACGCUUCCACAUUACUCAAGAUUGAGGGCCAUGUUACCGUCCAUGCUGAUCCGCCGUCAGCUACCGAGGGCUUCAUUUUCAUCAUGCCCGAGGUUCACCCCGCCGUCAGUGGAUUUGAGAUGCUGCUUCGUUUCCUAUUUCCCACAUGGGAUGCCUUUGGUUUGUACGGCCGACCUGGAAGACUGGUAGCAAGUGUUCUGGACCCACGGUCGCUCAUGUUCGCCAUGCCCAAGCACAAGCGCUACGGAUAUCUUGAGAUCCUUGACGUUUCCACCCUCAUUCUUGAUGAAAGUAGUACAUCAUGGGCGGAGAGGGAAUGGCGCAAACGUUUGAAGGAGGCCACAGGAACACGGAUGAAUGCUUUGGAGGAUGGGACGAGGUCUCAUUCUCGCAGCGCAAGUCGUUCAAGCGCGAGACUAAGUUUUGGUAGUGGAAAUAGACCCAAGGUGGGAUUUGCGGACGAUGGGAACUCGCUGCAACCGGGCCGUGAGCCUCAUCACAUGCGCAACGUGUCAGAUCCGAACCUGAGCGGCUCGCAGCAGAACCCCUAUGGCGGACCUGGUGCCUCACCAAAUCGACAGCAACUCCCGCUUCGCGGAGGACCGCCUGGCCAAAUGAUGCCUAGCGAGCUCGCAAGCUCUGACGAAGAGCUUGGCGCAUCGCCACCACCGCCCAUGCACAACUUGGAAGCAAUGAGAAGCCUGCAGACUCCUGAGCCGGUUUCAAGGCCACCCGCCUUCAACCACGGACCACAGGCAAGACCAACCAGCAAGGCGUACCAUAGUCCUGAGCUUCGACGCGCUAAUAGCCGUCUGUCGAACUCGACACUUGCCCAAAUGGCUACCGCCGGCGGCAUGGGACACGAUGCGCAAAGCGGUCGUCCACCCCGCAGUAGAGAUGGUGAGGAUGGUGUGUUUCCUGGACCCGCGGUUUAUUCGCACGACCACUCACUGGGAACUUAUACUAAUUAUGGCAACUUUGGUGAAGGCCCAAAUCCAGGUAACCAGGAACGACCACAGGCAAACAAUCUGCCACCUCCUGCCCUUGAUGUUCCAAACCAGCGACCCAACGGCCCUCCCAUGGGACCUCCUGGUCCAUAUGGUCAGAACCCCAACUCUCGUCCUGGGACCUCGGAAGGGCGUCGAUCCCCGUACCCUCCAGGACAGGGCGGACCACCACGGUCACCUAACCCUCAGCAGCAAGGCUUCCGACCAGACCAAGUCCGGUCUCCCCCUGGACCUGGAGGGCCCCCAGGACCAUACGGUCGUGGUCGUCCUCCUCCAGGUCAGGGUCCUCCAAACGGCCCUCCAGGCCAGCAUGGUAACUUUCGACCUGGACCAGGCGGACCUCCACCACCUGGAGGCCCCGGAGGACGAGGCGGCCCUCCUCCGGGUCAUCCUCACCGAAAGCCAGUCCCGCGACAGACUAACAGUAUUACGCCCGACCAUAUUAUUGAUCACUAUACCUCCGAAGCAUACCGUGGCGGCCCUCCCCCCGGCUAUGACCGACGGCCAGCACCGCCCCCUCAUAAACAAGGCCCUGGAUUCGGUGGUCCAAACGGCAACCAUGAUGAGAAUCGACCUCGUGCCGGCGUGAUGAAGACUGUUGGAGGCGGAGAGCCUCCCUUGCAAAACAAUUCGGGGUUUGACAUUCCAGAGGUAAAUUUUGGCCCUACUCUUAAUUAUGCUGCGUCCGCGGUACCGCGAAAACAAGUAUCGGGACCUGCCGAAUCGUCUUUUAUGCGUGGUCAACCACAAGGUUACUCCUCGUCGGAGCCGAGGUCGUAUGCCCAAGCACCUAGAUCAGGUCACGGGAGGCAGGAAUCCGCGGACUCGGGCCCAAGAACAAUGGCCUGGCAGCCCGCGGGUACCUAUACGACAUCGGGACCGCGAUCGGUAUCGGGAUCAAGUUCAGAAUCAAGAGCGCUGACACCAGAACAGUAUGUUCAACACCGAGCCGCAGCAAACUCGCCUCAGUAUGGCGCCAAUCUUGGAGCCGGACCAGGAGCCAUGGGCCCAAGAACCCCCAGCCCUCAACCCCCGUACCCUGGCGCCAUGCGUGGAGGACCUGGCCCGCCUCCUCCGCCUCAUGGAGGCCAGGGAGCGAGCUUCUCUCGACCCUUAGGCCCUCCAUCGCCAGGCAUUCCACCACAAGGACAGUACGGCCCCGGCCAGGCGCCAAGCCAUACCCCAUACCAGGGUCAAGCCUUUUAG